GGGGGCUGUGAGGACGUGUUCCGUGGAAGCCAGAGCGGGACCCGGCGGGGCCGGAAACAUGGAGCCGCUGUACCAGCAAACGCACAAGCAGGUCCACGAGAUCCAGUCUCACAUGGGACGCCUGGAGACGGCAGACACGCAGUCUCUGCACUUAGUAGAAAACGAAAUCCAAGCAAGCAUAGACCAGAUAUUCAGCCAUCUAGAGCGUCUGGAGAUUUUGUCCAGCAAGGAACCCCCGAACAAAAGACAGAACGCCAAACUUCGUGUGGACCAGUUAAAGUAUGAUGUCCAGCACCUGCAGACUGCUCUCCGAAACUUCCAGCAUCGGCGAUACGCAAGGGAGCAGCAGGAGAGACAGCGAGAAGAGCUCCUGUCCCGCACCUUCACCACUAACGACUCUGACACCACCAUACCAAUGGAUGAAUCGCUGCAGUUUAACUCCUCCCUCCACAAAAUUCACCACGGCAUGGAUGACCUCAUUGGAGGCGGGCACAAUAUUCUGGAUGGACUGAGGACCCAGAGACUGAUCUUGAAGGGGACCCAGAAGAAGAUCCUCGACGUCGCCAACGUGCUCGGCUUGUCCAACACAGUGAUGCGGCUUAUUGAGAAGCGGGCUUUCCAGGACAAGUACUUCAUGAUCGGGGGGAUGCUGCUCACCUGUGUGGUCAUGUUCCUUGUGGUGCAGUACCUGCCCUGAGCCAGCCGGGCCCCGCGGCGCGGAGGCGGCCCCCGGCUUGAGGUGAUUGCUGGCCUCGAUGAACCAGAAGUAAGGCCUUCCUUCAUGCUGCACCUUCAGAGCCAGUCUCCCAACUUUGUCAUAAAAAUCAAGGGGGCAGUUUGUGGGUCGUCACCACCCGGAGCUCAGGAACAGCAGCCACAGUAUGUCCAGAGGCCCCGGGGCACUGAGGCCUCGCAUCAUCGUGUGCCUGCCCUUCCCUGUCACACUUCGGCUUUCAGUGCUCCGCGAGAAACACACUUCGGCCUAACUGGAUGCUUCUGUCUCCACAGUAUAGGAAGGGUCCCAGGCCAGGGAAGGAGCACCCUCUAGUGGAGCUGGGGUGAAUUCUUAGGUCGAGCUGGUGCAAGAAUCUCCAGGACCUUGUACAGGAUUUUGGUGCCUGUUGUGGUUUAAGACAGGUGGGUUGUCAAGGGACUUGGGAACAUCUUCAUUCCGUGGAUGUUUACUCCAGGUAUGACCACCUUAAGAAAAGCCACACUCCAAGACCAAGUAAGUCGGAGAAUCUUGAUUUUAUUAUAGAAGGCCUCACGGCUGGGUUUUUUCCCCAAGUCCUUUGCCCUGACGAACUUAAAUGGGUUUGAUCUACAAAUUUGGCUUUACACUCAUUGUUUUUGAAACACAUCAGUUGAAUAAAGUUGCUGUUUAUUUUAUUUAGAAAAUUACAUUUUGUAAAGGAAUUUGACAUUCAUCCUCAUAACGAAUGACCCCUUUUUCCUCUCCGGCCAGAGGUUCUGAAACACUGUCCCGAGCCCAGGGCUGGGGUUGGCUGCCUCAGCAGCAGCUGGGAGACUUUUCAAAAGUUACAGAUGCCUCUGGCCUACCCCAGGCCUUCUGAUCAGGGUAUUUUUUAAGUCUCUAAGGUAGUUCUGAUGUGUGUCUUUUAGACAGAGGCUUUUGUCUUAAUAAAAGACUCUAGCAUUUGAAAACAUGCUGCACUAACUCAGCAUAUAUGAGUGAAGAGCAGAACUUAUCAGCUCCAAAAUAAAGUCUUAAUUUGUUUGUAUCUUAUUCCAGGAAAAAUUGGAGGAGACUUAGAGGAAAUAACUAAGACAGUGAAAUAGAAAGAAGUAAGGACCAAGAACAAGUCAGAGUGAAUAUUAGUACCAAGAAAAAGACACAUGCAAGUCAUGAAGCCCCACAGAAACACUCUGGGGAACCCUUAGUCUGGCCUGGAGCCCCAGGAGCCAGAGCAGAGAGAGAAGCACGAUCUGUUACUGUCUGUUGAGGGCUGGGAUGUCCUAUUUGCUCGAGGAGAGCCUAGACCUUGACGACUGCUAGCUUGCCCGUGGCCCUUACUGCAGGUCAGGCAUGCUUAGUUUCCCAGGCCACCCCUCUAAUCGUCACGAACCCGCUGUGUUAGGUUGUGGGUCAUUCCCUUUGUGCAGAUGAAGAGGUGGAGCUUUAGUGACUUUCUCAAGGCCCGGCAGGGAGUCCUGGAGGAACGGGCCCCUCCUGUCCCAAGCUCAUAACCACUGCACCGACCGGCCUGCCUCCCGUGCUCCAGACGAGACGCAGGAGACCAAGGCAGCUUUCUGGGAUUGGGUAAAGGGCUGUAACGCAUUUGGUGCACCUUCCAUGACAGGUUCUCUGCUCUGAAGUAUUUUCCUAAUUUAAACAGGGAGAGGGAAUUUGAGGAGGAGCUUCUGGAAGUGGAGAAUGGGGGCUGUACUCAGAUCUUGCCGUGAGGGGGCGACAUGACCCUUUCUGGCUGCUCUGCUCACACCUCCGUUCUGCCUUAGGUGUACCUGGAAGAGGAGGAAACACCUGUAGAUUUGGUUUGCUUCCUUUUAGAUCCAGAAAUUCCCUGCUGAGUAGCGGGUAUGGAGCUCUCAGGGCAAGGCCAACAAUGCCUUCUGCAAUCCUAGUUUGUUUUUAUUUCCAGGGCUCCCCUCCUCUCCCAGUCUUUCCCUCAGCACACGGGUAUAUUGCAGACAUGGGUGGAAAGUUCCCUGGUGUGGUGUCAGUUCCUUUUCCCCCUUUUGUGUCCUUUCAUGCCACGUGGCACUUAGGAGAGGAGGGAAGUGGGAUGGCGAUGAGGGGAUUCUGCAGGUUCUUGGCCUGCCCAGGUGCGGUUGGUAAGCCACCCACCAUAGGCCCUCCUCUGUGAGCAGGCCCCCUCAUGCCCACAUCCCUCUAGCAGAGGGCUCUCAACCUUGGCUCCACAUUGAGAUCCCCUCCAAAGUUUUUAAAGAUUCCCGUGAGUGGGUCUUCUUCUGAUCCAUUCUGAUGUGUUGAUAACUGGCUUGGGUUACAACCUGGGUAUGGGGAGUUUUAAGGGUUGCCCAGGCAUUUGUACUGUGUAGACAAGGGUGAGAGAGACGGCUGUGGCCCAAGAGCGUUCUACCCAAGGCGAAGUGGGGAACCACUCCCCCAGACCAGCUGGGGAUGGGGGUGGAGACUUAAUCGCCCCAUGUGGUUUGGGAAGGGGCCAGAUCCUUCCCGGCCUGUGGGCCCCCUCACUGACUGAUGCCUCUGUCUGCUGAGGACAGUACCUUAGUGUGACAGGCCAGCCUGUCCCUGCCUCCUCCAGUGUAGCUCCCGGCCCGUGCCACUACCCCUGCCCAGUUCUCCAUCCUCCCUGGACUGCUUGGCCUUCUGGGAACAUACCACUUUCUUUUGGACACCUGCAUCUCUGUUUCCUCUGGGGUGUGCCACAGGCACCCCCACCCCCUACAUGCCUCUAGCACCACAUAUUCCCUGGGGAAUGGUAGUUGCUGAGGUGUCCUCACUGCAGGGAUCUUUCUUGUGCGUCCUGUGUACACAGUACUGCUCUGCAGCUGUUGGGUCAUGACUGCAGAAGGGCAGCUUGAUGAGCCCGGCCAGGGCAGCUGACAGACUUCUGAGAACGGAGGCCAUGGUUCAACUGCGCUGCUCUGGCCAGGCCAGGAGGAAGCCAGAAGGUUCAAGGCCACUGGUGGCACUAGCCUUGUGCUCAUAGGCCCUCAACAGCAGCGAUGGUUCAUGUAAAAGGGGGUGAGGCAUGGGAGGAAAAAUGUGCCAACCAGGACUGUGUGGGGAGAGAUAAGGAGGGCAACUAAUUCAUCCUGGUUUUAAAGCUGAGAGUCCUGAAUCCUGGUGCCCUCCUCAGGCUGGAGUAAACCAGGAUGGUUGGUCAUCCUGUGGACACUAAAGGCAAAGGACACACUCUUCCUGGGUGCCUGGGGACGCCAUGGGGAAAUUAACAAGCGCUAAUCAGCCUCUAACUGUCAAAGGCCUGUCCCACGCGGUGAGGGGGAGCCGCUGGGGGGCUGACGUGCGGCUGUCUGCUCGGCUCACAGCUUCCUCGAGCCAGCUUAGAGCCCAGCCGAGAAGUGGCUGCUGCUCAGCGGCUCAAGAAGCCUGACGUGGUGCUGAAUCCUUGGUGGGCGGUCACUCAUCAGGGGCAGGCAGGUGUGGGCUGUGCCGGAAGGAGGCGGUUCCACUCGCUCUUCCCCUUUCCGGCCUCAGCCAUGGCCCCACAUUCUUUCAUCCAAGACAGCUUGGGCAGAGCCCAGCCUCUGGCUCCACUCAUCCCCUGGCACCUGCUGGCAUGUUCUACGAAGAGUUCCUCGUGCCAGGGCCUGUGCAGGAACAGGGGCAAGGGGUCGGGGAGCUGGGGCCUCUGUGGGAGCAGAGAGUAAUCAUCUCUGUCCCUCAGACCUCUCCAUGUUGUUACGAAUAUCAAACGAUAAACUCCUGAACGCUUCUGGAUGUUGUCUGAGUUCUCGUAUGCAAGGGUGGCACAAAGCCAGUGUCCAGGAAACCAUUUCUUUCUUCCCCCUCCUUCACCGCUGUGGCAGGGAGCAGCCCCUCUUAUCUCAGCCCGGGGGCCCUGGGAGACCCUUGGCGGGCAGCCCCAAGAGCAGAAUUCCAGAUCGGGAACCUUGGCCACCUCCUCGAAUGAGAAAACAUCUUUGAACAAAUUUUCCGAGGUCAUCCAUUUGGAGGGAACAGCGCUUAAUUAAAGGUGUAGAAUGCCUGAGAUAUUCACUUAAGGGAAAAAAAGCUCAAUCCUAGUAUUGUGCCCUUUUAACAUAUGAAGUUGAUUUUAUAAUUACAAGAGAUGUCACAGGACAGUGAUUGGGGCUGAGCAAGUUGGGUAGAUGGCCAGGACUGCGCGUCCAGAGGGCCGAGAGCUCAUGCAGAUGGGGGUGGGAGUGGUGUCAGAGUGCUUCCUGGAGGAGGAGGACUGGAACCGGGCAGAGAAUGGAUUUCUGGGCCUGGAGGAUGGUGCUAACUGAUGUCCUCGGAGGACAUCCCUCCCUGGGGAAGGGAGCUGGUUUGAAGGGGAGGAGGGUGAGCUCAGUUCUCGGCUGGUUUUCUGAGCAGCCUGUGGAAAGAGUGGGGAGGUAUUGGGUAGGAAGCAGGAGCGGGGGUUGGAGGAAGGCCCUGCUGUGAAUGCAGAUGUCAGGAUCCUUAGUUGUUAUCCUGAAACCGGAGCAGCGGGAAGGAUCCCUGCUCACGCCCUGAGCUCUGUGGACGCGGGAAGGAGGUUGGGGGAUGCUCCUAAGCGGCCUCACUGGGAGGGUUUGGGUGAACGCCUCCUCCUUGGUGUAAGUGUGCAGAAGGGAGGCUUUGCUCCGGGCAGCCAGUCUUUCCCAGGAGCACCCGGGUCUGGACUCCUCAGACAUGGAGUGACCACCAGAUGGGCAUGGGUGUGGGGGCAGAGGCUGGCGCUGCUGCACACCCUGAAGUUCCCCACAGCUCAUUCAGUGACAUGCGGAUGAGACGUAGUGGAGAAGCUGUUAGUCUCAUGUGUGGUGUGGACAAGCUCAGCUGUCCUAGGAGGACCUGGCCACCAAGGUCCUUGACGUGAUCUUGUGAGAUGCAGCUAGCAUGAUGGCGGUGGUAGGAUGGUAUUUGUGAUGGGAAUGGCAGACGUGGCUUAGAAUCUUGACUUUACCACUUCUUAGCACGAUGACCUUAGGCUUAAUUGCCCAAACCUGUUUCCUCAUCUGUGUGAUGGGAAUAUUAAGAGCUACCUCAUAAUGGUGGCUUAUGUGCCUGUAUUUGAGACCUUGGCAGUCAAUGGAAGUGAUUUGUUAAUUAAGAGGCAGAAAAGUUUAAGUGGUUGGAAUUAAGCAAGCCUGGGUAUACAGCCCACCUCUGUCCCUUAUUAAUUUUGUCACCUUGAGCAAGUCAUGUCACCUUGCCCAAGACUCUGCUCUCUUAUCUUACAGGGAUACAUUGUGCCCAUCCCAUAGGGAGGCUGGGAGCCAGUGAACACUGCAAUGUAUAUAAAGUGCUUCUGCACAGCCUGGGACAUAAGAAGAUGGUAGCUGAGGUUUUUUUGUUGUAUAAGGCCUAGGUCUGGGACUUUCCUGGUGGCGCAGUGGUUAAGCCAGUGCAGGGGACACGGGUUCAAUCCCUGGUCCUGGAAGAUCCACAUGCCGAGGAGCAACGAAGCCCAUGUGCCACAGCUACUGAGCCUGCGCUCUAGAGCAUGUGUGCUGCAACUACUGAAGCCCAUGCAUCUAGAGCCCGUGCUUUGCAACAAGAGAAGCCACCGCACUGAGAAGCCCACGCACUGCAAUGAAGAGUAGCCCCUGCUCACCACAACUAGAGAAAGCCCGCACGCAGCCAUGAGCAGCGAAGACCCGAUGCAGCCAAAAAUUUUAAAAAAAGAAGGAAGGAAGGAAGGAAGGAAGACCUAGGUCUGGUCCCUUUUUAUUCAACUGAUGUGAUUAUUAGUCAAAGACCUGAUAUCCCUAAAGAAAGUACAGCAGGCAUUCACCAGUUAGCCUUCAUUUGUGAACAGGUAUAAGGUCGUGGAUAUAAUACUGCAUUUGGCAUCAGAAGAUCUGAAUUCAAAUCCCCGCUUCCUUACUUAUUAUCACUUGCUUACUCUUUCUCUCAGCCUCAGUGCCCUCAUGUGAAAUGGGGACGGUAAUAAUGACCUACUUCACAGAACUGUGGUGAGGACAGAACGAUCAAUCACGUGGAUCAAUGAGGAUGCUCUGGGCUGCAAGCGCCAGCAACUCCAAGCAGCUUAAAGGACUGAUGGAGCUGGAGUAGGCUGCAGGGCUGGCCGAUUCAGGGCUCAGUGAUGUCAUCCAGGGCGGGCUUGGGACUUCCUGGUUCCCUGAGAGCAGCAGAACUCUGUGGAGAGGAUGUGGGAGAGAUGAGAGUGGCGGUUGAAAGGUUAGACUGGAAUUGUCACCUGCUGAAGUUCAUGCAUUCAGCAGGUGCUAAUCGGGCACCCCCUGUGUACCAGUCCAUGGGGCUGGGCUUUGGAGUACAGAUGUGAUUCACGAGGUCCCACCUGCGUUAGUUUUGCAUAAAGUGUCACCACAAAACAUAGGGGCUUCAGACGACAAUACUCAGUUGUUAUAGAUCACCGUUUCUAAAGAUCUGGACCUAGGACAGGGCGUGGCUGGGAUGGCUCAUCUCUGCUCCAUGUUAUCUGGGGCUUCAGCUGGAAGAUUCCAGGGCUGGGGAAGGGAGUCAUCUGAAGGUUCACUCACGUGUCUGGCGCUGGAUGUCCACUGAGCUCCUUGGCUGGACCUGUCCACCAGAACACCUGCACGAGGCUUCUCCGUGCGGCCAGGGCUUCCUCACAGCAUGGUGGCUGGGUUCCAAGCGUGAGCAGCCCAAGGGAAAGAGCUUGGUGGGAACCGGAUCCUAUUUAUGAUCACGCCUUGGAGGUUGCAUGGCAUCAGUUCUGCCCUACAUCUUGGGCUGUGGCAGUCACAAGCCCCCACUCCCUCUUAGAGGGAGGGAUGUCCGUCACAGUGUUAGGAAGAGCAGGUAGGAUGGGAUAAAGCCGUGGGCGUGGCCAUCUUUGGAGAGUACAGUCUGCCACACUCCCCUUGAAUGAUGCACACAUCUGGCUCACAACAACAAAAUACACAGACUCCAUCACCAUAGGUACCAGGGAGCAUCUACUCACCGGAGACACUGGGGGAGGCUUUUGCACUGAAUCUCAGCUGAGUCAGAGCUGACCAGGUGCAGCUUGGGAGGGAGGUCUCAGCAGAGGGAGUAGUGUGAGCAAAGGGGUGUGUCCUGGGAGGGGCAGGAAGAUCUCUGCGGUUGGGGCUCAGGCUUGGGGGUGGGCUGGGGCCAGACAUGGGUACCAGAGAGCAUUACUCUCUUGUCUUCCUCCAUACCCUGCCCCUCUGCAUACAGUAGGCACUUAAUAAAUAUUGAUUGAAACUGGAAUGAACAAUAUGUGUCAAAGAGGAAGCCAUAUCCCAGAGCCAUAGGAUGAGGCCUCUGUAGGAAGCGUGGGCUAAAGACAAGCAAGGAGUCACUCUCUUAUUGUAGGAACUUGAGGUCCUUUUUCUCAAUAGCCAGCUUUCCAGUAUUUUUCAGUUUCUGAACGAGCCCACGGGAGUUGGUAGCAGCACUUGAAUCACUUCUCUUUCCUAUCCCUCACCCCCAGCAGGAUUCUUGGGUCCUCUUCCCUGCCUGCUGGACCCCCACCCACACUCUGCUGCCCCUUGUGGGAUGGGGAGGCGGGGAACGGGGAUGGCCGAGGAGGAGUGAAGGGGGCAGGAGGGAGGGCGUGGAGAGGAGGGGAGGGAAAAUUGAAUCCUUCAGUGUAUGUUCAGUGCCAGAGCCAAAGACCCACACUUCACAUUGCUUUUCCCUUCACACUUAUCCCAGGGAAAGGCCCAAUUAAAAUAGCUCCUAUUGGAAAUGGAAGUGUAAUUGCAACAGGCAGCUUAUUAAGCCCGUCUCUGGGAGCUUGCGGGGGCAGCCGGGAGCUUCAGGAACAUCUGUCUGCGUGCUCAGACACCCCCGAGCUCAGGAGCAAGAUGGCCCCGAGCAGCAAGGGCCAGCGGGAUGGGGGCUGCUGCAGCAUCUUACCUGUCUCAGAACCUACGCAGCAGCCUGAGAAGAGCCUGGACUGGUCUCUGCCGUGGUGGGGUGGUGCAGUGGGCUGAGAUGUGGGGCUGAUGAGAUCAAAGCUGUCAGGUUCCAAAUCCCAGAACAGAGGAAAAGUGGAGUUGGAAAGGGUCUUAGGGACCUUAUGGGAGAGAGUGACUUGCCAGGGGUCACUCAGCCAGUUGGUAAUAAAAGAUCUGAAAUCAGAGUGCUCCAGCCAUUUCACGCCUGCCAUGGGCAUUUUCACCUUGCCAGCUUGUCCUAAUCCUAGUCUGUGGCUGCAGUCCCAUGGCCUGGCACUGUACCAUACUCUUGCCAGGCACAGCUAACUCAGGGUGGCAGGAACCAUGCCACUCUUUUCUGAUUCGGGGGUAUCUUCCCAGGCCCCUCUGAUAUUGAUGUGACCUGGCACAUAUUGCCAGAUUGUGACGUCCCUAAGAGGAUGCAGACAGAGGUGGACAGAGCCCACGAACGCAGCUGAAACGGCGGGUUCCAGAGGUGCCCGCUUGCCGCCCACAGUGAAAGCCUGGUGGUGGGUGGCAUUCUCCCCUCGGGUUACGCAUUGGACCAUGUCUCAUCCUCCCAGAGUCAGUUUCCAUGGAAACAGCAAGUUCCUUACCCAUCAUUUUCAUCCUUAAAGAUUCCCACCCCAGCUGUCUAUGCCCUGGCUCCUCACCCAGCUGCCGCACCAGCCUGCUCCAGAUCCCAGGAUUAAUGGUGAAUUGUCGAGCUGCCAGCUAGAGCCUCCUGGGAUGUGUCUGGUAACUGGCAUAGCCCAGCUAGAGCCCCCUGGGAUGUGUCUGGUAACUAGCAUAGCCCUUGAAAACGAGCCGUAUCAUCAUUUCUUCCCCAUUCCCCUCUCCUCAACCUCCCAGGCCAAGGUAAUGGUAAUCAGGGCUGUGCCAAAAUCAGAUGCUGACCCGGGGGAAAGAGAAGUCUCCAGUUUUCUGGGGCCCGCGUACACUCAGGGAAGAACCCCAUCCUCCACAGCCUCGGGGUGGGCUGUCCACCCCUCCUUCCCUCUCGCUCCCAGCCAGCCCUGUUCCUGGCCUCUGUGUAGUGCUUCUCCCUUUGGGCUUUUGCCUCCCUGCUCCUCCUCUCUAGCCAUCACUUCCUUCACACCCCAACUCCAAGUUCACUCCCACCAGGAUGGCUUCCUUUCUAAACCAUUUUUCUCAGCGUGGCUCUCUUUGGUUCCUGCAACAUAACUCUAUAUAUUGUGUCAAGGAGAGAAGGAGAUUCCUGAAGUUUUUUUUUUUUUCUUCUAAAGCUAUUUUUUGGUGUAUUUUCUUUCUAUACAGGAGAAUUCUUGUCGUGGGCAUAUGCUGUUUAUCUGCCCAGCAUCCCCUCUUUGGACUACAAACCAUUAUUCAUUUCUGCUGGUAACAUCUCUCCUUCCUAUGGAAAAAUCUGCUCCAUGGGAUGCAGCUAGGGCUGCCUUCUCCAGCAGUAGGUAGCCCCUGAAGCAGGCCUGGCCAAUCAGAGGACUCUCUCAGUAGGCCCUAGUGGUUGGUUCAGGGAAUACCACAUGACCACACAGAGCCAAUCGGAAUCUUCCUUGAUAUUCCUAUAGACACUGCUGGCUCCCUGACCAAUGCCUUUUCUCCCCUUGGUUCUCACUAAUAAAACCCUAAUUUUAUUGGUCUAGCAGGAAGCCCAGUUGAGAAUACUUGCCUCUCCAGACUUUCUUGCAGCUGGGGGUAGGUAGCUGUAUCACCCAGUUCUGGUCAAUAGGAUGUAGGGAGAAGUUGUUGGAAGGACUUCUGGGAAAAGAGUUUCAAAAGGAACAGACUCAGAUUGGCAUGGCCCCUUUAGCACUAAUUCUAACUGAUCACUGCCUCUGUGAGAGAAAGACAUCCUAACCUAGAACUUUAAUUCCAGCUGCGUGGGGAUGCUGCCUGAGAAUGAAACCCUCCAAGAGGAAAGCAAAGCCAAGCAAUGGAGACAGAGGGAGGGAGGGAGAGAGAGAGAGGAGGAAGGAAAGAGAAGAAAAGAGGGGGAGGGAGAGAGAGGGGGAGAGAGAGAGAGAACAAUAGAACAAUAGAAAAAUAUCAGGCAAGCCCCUAGAUUGAGCCAUGCCCUCAGAACGUCCCGAUUUAGGGCACCAGUAAAUCCCUUUCCUACUUAAGCAGGUUUACAUUGGGUUUCUGUUUCUUUCAUUGAAGGCUCAGAAGGAAACCCUCUACAAGACCAAAGCCAUACCUUUGUCUGCCUCUGUUCUCUCCUCCCGAGCUAUUUACAAUAUAAGAUGCUAGCUGCAAAGCGGGCACACAAUAAGUAACUCCAGUAGACCUUGAGCCCCUCACAUUUUUAUCUCGGCAAGAGUCAAAUUAGAGCUUGGAAGGACUUGAUUUCUGAACUAGACUCAUUAAGGAACACACUUGUCAAUUCUCUGUGGACAUCUCAGGUCAAGCACAGCUCCGAUGCAGAGCAUGGAAUCCCUUCUCCUCUUCCCCAAACCUUUCCUUUAAGCACUUCCCUCCAGGAAGCCUUCCGAACCAGGUCUUGACUUCAUCCUCCUUCCUACCUUUGUGACUCCCUGCUUUUGCUAACACUCUGGUCCAGCUGUGCUUGGUGAGAUGUAUCAUUGGAGCAUAGCUGUGUGUGUGUCAUCCCUCCCACCCCACCCGUGCCAACUGGCUAAAGAGAUUUUUGUUACAGGGGCUGUGUCUCCACCAGCAGACUAGGGACCUCCUGGGGCAGGGGCUCUAACUCCCCUAUUAGGUCAGGGAUCCAGAUGUUGCCUCUCCUUACAUCAGACGAGGCACUGUGAAAUCUGGAAUCAUCUCUCCAUGCGUCAUGAAGCCUCAUCCUCAAGGCAGGAAAAUACAGUCUGAACUACAGCCCUGUAGAAAUGGAGAGUGGGAGGAAGAGGGGUAAGAUUUGCCCUCCUCACUCACUGGAGGGUUCAUCUUAACCUUCAGGGGAAAACUGAUUAACAGCCCAUAAGAUUAGUCCUGGAUCAGAAUAUUGUUCAACUCCUGCAGUAUUCUAACUCAGCUCCUGUUUCCUCCUGUGUAGCAGUGUAAACAGAAACCUCCCCACACAAGGCCAGAAUUCUGCCUUACAAGCCUUCUUGCUUCCCUGGUUCCUGGACUGUUGGGUAACAAUGAAUCCUUUAUUGGGAAGCUUGUCAAAUCCGCGUAGACACCGAGGGGGUGGCCAUAUGUUUUCUGUCUCGUGGCUCCUGUUGGAAGGCAGCCCUGGAGUAGCCUGUGUAGCUGACAGUGCUGGUGGGACACGAUACCACCCUCCCGCUCUCUUCAGCACGCUACCCUGUCUUUGUACCCCCUAGCCCCAUCCCAAUACUCAAGCCUUUUCAGCAGCAGCUGCGCAGUGAGCCAUUGUGGAGGAAGGAUGCUAAUGUCGGGUCUUGCAGAAGGUGAUGGAUUCCCAACAAGAGUCAGAGAAAGUCAUUCGGGGAGAACAGAGCCUGAGUAAAGGCAUGUGAGUGGGGGUGGGUGAGGCUGCCCUUGGAGAGCUGACUUGGAACUACAGAGAGCAGGGAGCCAAGGUGCGGAGGGGUGAGGCAGAGAAGGCGUGAAGGGCUAGCUUGUUUGGUGGGAGAGGAAGGAGUUGAUGAAAGUCCUUGAAUGCAAGUUGAGCCUGUAUCUGGUAGAAAACGCAGUGGGGAGACAAGGCGAGAUCUUGGAUAGGAAGGAGACAUGAUAAAAAUAGUGCUAGUGAUCCAGUCAUCUGCAUGUGGGAGGCUGAGCGCUUGGGGAAACGGAGGCGAGGCGCUAAGCCUGGAUUCUGCAGCGGGAUCGUGUGCCUGGUGGUGAUUAUGGAAGAGGGUUGGAGCUGGGGUCUAGGUGAGUGACUCCUCAACUUUUAGACAGGCUUGGUCUCUUGGUGGAAGGUGCUGGGAGCUCUGGCUUAAUUCCCCAGGGGGAUGUUGGCUCCAGGAAUCUGGGCUGCUGCUUUGGGAAUGAGUUGUUGCCAAAUGUCACUGGAUCUGGCAACCCCAUUCAACCCAUGGAGAGCAAGUGUCCUUGUCCUCAGCUGUCCAGGACUCCCCCCACCCUGCCCCCGCCUGCACCUGGCUGAGCUCUGCCAGAGGUGUGUGUAACCGUAGAAGUCACAAAGCAUUCUGAAAUUGUUUCCACUCCCAUGGGGGAUAAACACAUACAGCAAGAGGAAUCAUUUUUACUGAAUUAAAGGGUUUCUGAAUUGAUUCAUAUGGAUUUUAAAUACCUUGAACCUGGCCACUGAAGUAUGGGCUUAAGAAUCAAUCAGAUUAUCUUGAUACUCUUGCAGAUCUGUGCUUAUUUAACAUUCAUGCAAGGAACAGGGAUUGCCUGUUACCUAUAGGCACAUCGUUAAAUGCUGUAUAUGUAGCAAUGGGUAAGAUUGAGGAGUAAGAGUGACGUGGGUCCUGCCCUGUCAAAGAUUUUGUAAUUUAUAGAAAUCAGUGUCUCUGAACUUGUCCAGGACUUUCUUUCCAUUGGCAGCAGCUGGCCAGGGACCUUUAAGAAGAUGGGAACGGGGUGCAGGCUACCAAGAAGCUUGGGGCCAUGUAAACCAACUUGCAUGGCAAGGGAGAGAAGUGAGACGACCUCAGCCUCACCAUUUUACCCGCAUUCGUAUCACACACCAAAUAAGGAGAAAGAUAGGACACAUUUGCACAAUAACUCAAGACAGGGUCUCCAUGGCAACAAUUACCCAAAAAUCCACUCCUGACAGUCGCAACAGCAGGAGCUAGCAAAGAAGACUCUGGGGGUGGGAGAUGUGCGUGGGGACUCAGAGGAUGGCUUCCUUUUAUUCUUAAACAGAAGGAAGUGCUAACGGCAGGAACCAAGGCAUCUCAGAGCCUAACUAAGCCAAGAACCAUUGGAAGGGGGAACUGGAAGGAGACUUGAAGAUGAGCUACUCUGAGGCCUGGCUGCAGGUCACUCCAGGAGGAUGUACUAGCUCAGGGGCGAGGACUGAGCCAUCAGGGCAUCAUCCCUUCCACCACCCACUUUCGGUGGACAAGAGUUCUCCCUGCCUCCAGAGCUCAGGGGAUGGGGAUGAGGGGUGGACCCAACCUCCUGGGAAGUGAGGGGCUCUGGGGAGUUUGAGUCUGCCUGAAAACUGAGUCCAAUCCAUGAAAACCCCAUACAUGACACUGGUUGGGAGAACUGGGAUCUAGCCCACUCCACUCCCCGACUUGCGGUAUGACCCUCCAGUUUCCCCAACAGUGAAACAUACAACCUACCUUGAAGAACUAGUGCAAGGCUGAAUGAGUAGCACGAGACAGAAAAUGCUUUAACAAAAUCGAGUCCAGUGCAAAGACAAGAGGUCCCCGUAUGUCCAUGCAGAACAGCUUGACAAAAUCAGCUGUGCCUGAGGCUCUCCUCCACAGGCAGAGUGUCCUGGAACAAGGGAGUCCGUGCUGGGAGUGCAAUGGGGGACUUGAGUGUGGCCAGAGAGCAGUACCAGGGAGCUGGUGGGAAGGUGGGGGCAGAAGGUGCCUUAGCAGCAGAACCAUCAUGUGCUUCCUACCAGCAGACAGUUGGACAGACUGACUGACAGCAGGCAGCAAAGUGUGUGACCUCCAAUCUUUAAAUUUUCAAGAAGCGGUUUGGCUCAAAAGGAAAAGUAUUCCACUUUCUUUUUGAAAAAGCCUAAAUCCACCGCUACCAGCCCACCCCACCCCCACUUCUAAGUUUAUUUCUUUGUCUGGUAGUGCUCAAGAGCCAUUGACUGUUGUUCAGAUCCUGUAAAUCAGGCUACAUUAAAUACCCCAGAGAAAGGAUAGGUUCUUCAGCUUUAUUCUGGGAACUAAGAAAAGAGGCAAACUGACUGUAUCUCCAGAGUAAAGAAGUCUCUGCUGCAUUUGGAAAUAAAACUUUUCUGCCAACCCCAGGGAUAGCAAUCCCUUUACACUGAAUUAUGCUGAGAAGGGAUUAAGCUAGAGUAUUUCCUGAGCACUCUUUUUGUUCCAGGCUCUCUCCUUUGCCAUCCCACUCUCCACCCCCCAAAACUUUGCUCUUCCCUUUUUAUCUCCCUAACCACGGAAAGUCCUUCUAUCCCUGGAGGUCCCCAAAAGCCAACCCUCCCACCCUGGAGCUGGCUUCCCUCCCUCCUCUUCUGGACUGAGCAGGGAAGAGAGUGAUGCGAGAGAGGGGCCAUCUGAGGAUGGCUGGCUGGGCCCUCAGGCAGGACCUCACAGGGCGGACUUCAGAGUGACCACCACGGUCCAGGCUUCAGUAGGGUCCAGAAAUUGGGCCAGGACACUCAAAAGUGGCCAGCCUCUUGGGACUGACCAAACUCCAUGACGAGCAACCAGAACGCCACUUCCUAAACUCAGGAUAAGAGGGAUGGAGGCUGCCUUUUCAGCCUCCUACUCAUGCUCACUAUUCUGGGGACUCCUUUCUUGGAGUCAGGAGACCAGAGAAGCUGGUGGGGAUGCAGAGCAACUAAAACACUCACAUAUUGCUGACGGGAGAGCAAAAGGUGACAGCCACUGGGGAAAACAGCUUGUCCGUUUCUUGUAAAGUUAAGUAUGUAUAUAGGCCCCACAAUCCCUCUUCCAGGUACUUGCCUAAGAGAAAUGAAAUAUUUGCUUAACCGUACAUGCGAAAGCUGUACGUGAUUGCUUAUGUUGGAUUUAUUCAUAAUCACCCAAAACUGACACAACCCAAAUGUCCUUGAACUGGAGAUAGACUAAUAUCAAAAUUUAAUUUUAGAAAUCUGUGUUACAUUCACAUGAUGGAAUAUUAAUCAACAAUAAAAAGGAAUGAACUAUUGAUCCAUGCAGCCACGGGGAUGCAUUAAGCUAAGUGAAAGGGGCUUCCCUGGUGGCACAGUGGUUAAGAACCCACCUGCCAAUGCAGGGGACACGGGUUCGAGCCCUGAUCCAGGAAGAUCCCACAUGCCGCAGAGAAACAAAGCCCGUGCGCCGCAACUAUUGAGCCUGUGUGCCACAACUGCUGAAGCCCACACGCUGCAACUACAGGAGAACCCGGGCUCUGCAACAAGAGAAGCCACUGCAAUGAGGGGCCUGCUCGAUGCAACUAGAGAAAGCCCCUGUGCAGCAAUGAAGACCCAACGUAGCCAAUAAACAAAUAAAAAAGUUUAUUAAAAAAAAAAAAAAAAGCUAAGCGAAGGAAGCGAGACUGAAAGGCUACGUCUUAUGAUUCCACUGAUUUGACAUUCUGGAAAAGAAAAACCAUAGGAACAGAGAACAAAUGAGUGGUUGUCAGGGUUGUCAGGGGCUGAGAGAAGGAGGGAGGGUUUGACUGCCACGUGGCAGCGUGAGGAAAUGUGUUUGUUUGGUAGAAUAUUCUGUAUCUUGAUUGUGUUGGUGACUGUGGAACUCAAAGCAUUUGUCAAAACUCCUAGUACCGUACACCAAAAAAAAAAAAAAAUGAAU